AUGGAUGUCGUGCGAAACAAAGCAGAAAUGCGGAAUCAGGCGACCACACGGUGCGACACAAGAGAGGCCGCUCCAGCAAUCAAGGCUGGAGACGGAGAGCUCAAUCGUCUUCUCAAAAUAUCGGUGCAACGGAUCAAGUCGAUCAAGGCAAGACCUACGGACUUUGCAAAUGCUCACACUCGAUUUAGAGACUGCAUUAGUUGGUUUACAGCAGAAGACUCUGCCCGUGUGGCAUCCAACGGCCAGUCCGAUGGUAUUGGAACACCAAGAGAAUCAUCAUGGGAAGAUUUGAAUACAAGAGGCAAAUUCUUGCCAUUACCACUCAAUUGGCAAGGACCCUGUUUGAAGGCAGAGAUAAACAGCAGAAUUCUCCCAAUUUGGCAAUUACGGGCCAUGUCUCCAGAAGGAUUGUUGGCCGGAUUUGACAUUGCAACGCUCUUUUCCAAGGAGAGUGAAGCAUAUGACAGCGCCGAACGAGCCAGCAUACUACUUGCUUAUCUUACACCUAAUCCAGCUCCAAUGAUGCAUGUCAUCGCACCACUACCGACAACAAUUCUAUUUUCUGGACUCGGCGAGGCUUCAACCGGGGGUAUGAAUGCCGAAUUGGCAGAUUCCCAGGGACAACCAACAGACCAGAUGAUAUUAAGAGGCGAAAUGGUACUGCCAUUGACCAAUGUCCUGGAAUUGGGAGCGUACAACCAUCACCUUCUCUCAUCUGUGGCUGUAAAUGCGUUGGACCCGUUCAGGAUGAGUUCGGACGGCGAGAACCAGGUCCUCCUUUAUGACCCUAAACCGGCGCCGACAUUGCAUAUCCCGCCAGGCGCCGCAGCCAAAGUUCAAAUCAUUGACACAACCUCCCGCCUCGAUGUGUCCUUACAGGUCUUCAUGGGCCCAACACAAUUUGGGCAUGAGAUUCUCAAGGUGCCGUCCUUCUCUUUCCUCAUCGAACAAGUUUCCUCGGGCAGGCAAAUUCUCUUUGACCUCGGGUGCAGGAAGGACUGGCAAAGACUUCCGCCUCCUGUGUUGGGGCUCGUAACUCAGCCAAGUUGGAAGAUUGAGGUCGAGAAAGACUCGGUGGCUCAGAUCUUGCAGGGGAACGACGUCGAUGUUGCUGGCGGCGCUAUUGAAGCCGUCAUCUGGAGUCACUGGCAGUAUGACCACCCUGGAGACUCCAGCACCCCCCCAGGGAGUACAGCCCCGAUUGUUGGACCCGGUGUGAAGGAGACGUUGCUUCCGCCAUAUCCAGAGAACGAAAAUUCGCCGCUCCCGGACACUGAUUUUGCGGGCCGAGAGCUGAAAAUCAUCGACUUCGAGAACCAAACCACUCUUCAUAUUGGCCGCUUCCGCGCAGUCGAUUAUUUCAACGACGGAUCCUUUUAUCUCCUCGACGCGCCAGGCCACGCGAUCGGUCACAUGUGUGGCCUUGCACGUGUGACAUCGACGCAGGAUGGUGACGCCGAAGACGCAUUCGCCCUCAUGGGUGCGGACGCGGCACAUCACGGCGCUGAACUGAGACCUUCCGAGUAUCUCCCGAUUCCAAAGACCCUCGACCCUACACCCUACGCUGCUAAAUACCCAACCGUGUGCCCCGGCCACAUCUUUGAAACCAUCCAUCUGCGGAAGAAAGGGACCGAGCCAUUUUACCACAUUCACAACGGUGUCGCCCACGACCCCUGGCAAGCGCAGGAGAUUGUCGGCGUUUUGCAGGAAUUUGACGCCAUGGACAAUGUUUUUGUCGUGAUCGCUCAUGACGGCAGCUUGUUGGAUGAGAGGGUCGAGAUUGACUGGUUCCCGCAAGGGACAUUGCGGGACUGGAAGCAGAAGGACUGUGCGCGCGAGGCUAGAUGGGGUUUCUUGGAGGAUUUGACCAAGGCCGUCGAGCAUGCCACCGCAGCUGAUCAUGGAGACCAUGAGGCUUCGGCCUUUUUGUUUGGGGGGGAUGAAAGCGCCCCGUUAUGA